AUGCCUGAUUAUUCAUAAACCCUAUUCUCUUUCAUAAACCCUAGUGAACUAAUUUAGGGUUUUUCUCCCGUCUAUUUCACCUUCCUCUUUCUUGUGAUUUUUCUGGAAAAAAUGGCGAAGCGUUUGAUGCCAUUGUUGAACAGAGUUUUGGUAGAGAAGAUUGUUCCUCCUGCCAAGACUCAUGCCGGAAUUUUACUCCCUGAGACCAGCAACAAGCUGGAUUCUGGCAAAGUUCUUGCUGUUGGACCUGGUCUUCGUGACAAGACGGGGAAUCAUAUUCCUGUUGCUGUCAAAGAAGGGGAUACUGUACUCCUUCCUGAAUACGGAGGAACUACAGUGAAGCUUGGUGAAAAAGAGUAUCACUUGUACCGAGAUGAAGAUAUAAUGGGAACACUCCAUGACUGAUUUUAGUGUCAUUUCCUGGCUUGAUCAAGUACACCCUAUGAUUGUUAUCUUAGGAAAAUUUAAAUUUUGCACAUUGUUAAUGAAGCAGCUAUCUUGGAAUUGAUAUUCAAGAUGGUAAAAUGUGAUAGAAUGCCAUUUUAUCCUUUUGCGGAUUGACCAAUGUUUUUUACUUGAAUGUGAAACUGUAUUAUGGAUUCAAAAUAUUAUGUUUCUUCUUUCAAGUACAACUUUUCUUACUUUUUUCAAA